GCAGUUGAAACUUUUUGCAAACACAAAAGUAGACCAUCUUUUCCACGUUUUAAAGUUUUUAUAUGUACUAAUUUAUAGUUGGCCUUUUCUUUCACCCCCUUUUCAUUUAGCCUUAUUCUCCUCAUCAUAAUAUUUGUAUUAUCUAGAGAGAGAGCAAGAGAGAAAGGGUGAUAUUAAGCAAUUAGCCAAAAUGGUGAGGGCACCUUGUUGUGAGAAAAUGGGAUUAAAGAAAGGGCCAUGGACUCCAGAAGAAGAUCAAAUUUUGAUAUCUUUCAUUAAAAAAUAUGGACAUGAAAAUUGGAGGGCACUUCCUAAACAAGCUGGUUUAUUAAGGUGUGGAAAAAGUUGCAGACUAAGGUGGAUAAAUUACUUAAGGCCAGACAUCAAACGAGGAAACUUUAGUGAGGAAGAAGAAGAAACCAUCAUUAACCUACAUCAACUUCUUGGAAACAGAUGGUCAGCAAUUGCAUCGAGGCUGCCAGGAAGAACAGAUAAUGAAAUAAAGAAUUUCUGGCACACUCACUUGAAGAAAAAGUUGGAAUUAAUACAACAAAAUGAUCUACCAUCUACUACAACUACCAAGAGAGGCCAUGAAAUGAUGCCUAAAUGUUCAGCACUAAAAAUUGAGCACCAUCUUUCUUCAAAUUAUUAUCAAGUUUCUCAAAAUAUUGUUGCCCACCAUCCAACUUAUUGUCAUGAUGAAGAUCUUCAAGAGAAUAAUUCAAGUUCUCAUGACACUCAAUUAAACAAGGAGGAGAGCAUGCAAUAUUCUACAAAUGGACAUGGGGACAUGACUAGCUUCAACAAUGAUAUGGUUUUUUGGUAUAACAUCUUCAUGAAUUCAGGAAACAACGUCUGAGAGUCAGCGUCGAAUCCAGUAUCUAUAGUCAGUAGUAAGCUAAGUGUGAUUUUUAUUAUAUGUAUACAUUUUAAGUUUUUUCGCAUAUGUAUACAUAGAAGUUCGAGGCUAAAUUCUCAAUGGGGUUGGAUCCACAGAAAUCACUUCUAGACCCGCCUCUAAUUAUUUAUGAGAGUUGUAUUUCCACGAGAUGUGUGUUUAUAUUAUCGUCUAGUAAUUU